GCCGAUGAAGAUACAGGGCGUUGUUUGUUUCCAUAAAGAGCGAAUUAACCGCUUAGCUUUAAAAACUAAACUCCUUUGAGGAAUUUUAUAAGAGAUGCGAGUGUGCAUUCAACGUUUAUAAAUAGGCCAGUUUUGUUCCCCAAUCGCAAAAUCUUCCCGCUGGCCGCGAUAAUCGAGAUGAACAAUUUUAUUGCGCUCGCGGGCAGAGGGCGGCGGGGGGGGGGAGGCGGUACAUUCGAUUAAAGCUCGCUGUACACGGAAAUUAUCAAACGAAACGCACCGACAACUCAGCGGGCCGUGAGAGCCUCUACAUUAAUAGUUUUUGUUCCCCAACUCUCUCGUUUCGUCGCAGAAAGUUUGUAUGCUGGUUCUAAUUAUCAUUCCCCGUACAAUGACAGAAGAACACAUGAACAUGAGUUCAGAAAAUAUUAAUGACAUUUUGGAUAAACUCAUAAAACAGACCAAACCAAAUGAAUCUAUGCAAAUUGCAGAUGUAACGGCUAGUUAUUCUCCUGUUCCUGAAAAACAUCAUGGAAAUGAUUCUAAUAUUUAUGUUUUUAAGACUUUAAUGGCUCCUCAAAUUGAUUUUAAAUCUAGUAGUGAAAUAUUCAAUAGGUCGCGCCAUAGUCAUGAAAAGGCCCAUGGAGAUUUGCCAACAACUUCAGAUGAAGUACAAUUGUCAACUGCAAGUAUUGUAAACAGAAAAAAAAUAAUGGGAGUUGACGACCAAACACAACACGAUACCCCAACUAAACGUCGGUCAGGGAUGGCAGAUGAAAAUGAGCACGAGUUGGAAGAUUUAAUAACUAAAGAAAUGUACUCAAGUUUCCACACAGGAAAGGAAAACCUUCAUUCAUUUUUUCCAAAACCUGGACAGCAAUCAGAUCAGUUGAAAUUAUUACAAAAAUAUCCAGAAAUUAUUAUUGACCAUGUCUCUUACGACGACGACGACGAUGAAGACAAUGAUAAAAACAGCAAAAUUAAAAUCAAACCUGCAAAUGAAGCGAUAACCACAAAGAAAGAAGUGAUAAUAGAAAUAGAGAGUCAAGAACAUAAUACAAAACCACUUAAGACUCGUUUUAGUAUACCAGAAGAAGAUAUAGUAACUAAAGAAAAUAAAGCACCAGAUGAAAUCGAAUCAAGAAAAUAUUCAACUCUUGAAGUGAAAAGCUUAAUAGACGAAAUACAGAAGAAACUGUUGCAUGAUUCUCUUUUGAAACAAACAUCAGAAAACAAUUUUUUAAAACAAAAUAUGUUAAUUGAAAGGAUUAUGCAAAGAUUACCUGAAAGACAACCAAUCAGAAACAAUGCCAUGCCUCCACCUUCGUACAUGAUCCAUCAUGAACGAAGUGCACCAAUAUCUAUCGACAGACGGUCACAUCUGCAUGGCUCCGUUGAGACUCUUCACAGGCAUGUUGGAAAUCGUCACGUUAAAAAAACAUAUUUACAGGUUCCUCCUGUUACAAAUAAAUGGAAAAUUCACAACCGCGUAUUAAGAACACUUUUGCGACUUUGCAGAUCAGGUGCCAUCAAACGCACACGUCUUAUUGCUAGCCUAAUUGAUAAAAUAAUGUCUAACAUCGAUUACAGAUCAGUAUGUUACGAUUAUAUCUAUAAGAAAUAAAAUAAGCUUAUUUGUAUCAUGUUUGUGUAAUUAUAAUUUGUGUACCUACAUUUGUGUUGUUCAUAAUCAGUCACCGGCAGCUAGUUAGCGAAGUUUCGACUCGGGAACACAAAGAAGCUAUCCGCAAUUCGCAGUCUAACUAGUGAGCAGGGAGCAAACACGAUCAAACCGAAGUCCAAACUGCGCUCAAAGAUCUAGUUAG